AUGGCUACUGCUGCUGAAGCCGAUCUAGCCCGUAUGGGCUACAAAUCAGAGUUGCCUAGAAGUUUGAGCAUGAUGAGUGUUUUAGGACUCUCAUUUGCGAUCAUGGCUGUACCCUUUGGCUUAAGUACAACAUUUUACAUCACACUAGCGGAUGGUCAAAGUGUGACAAUUCUCUGGGGAUGGGUUCUAGUGUCCUUGAUAUCUUUAUCAAUCGCAGCAUCUUUGGCUGAAAUCUGUGCUGUUUUCCCUACUGCUGGUGGUGUCUACUAUUGGGCGGCUAUGCUGAGUACGAAGAAGUAUGCUCGAUUGAGUUCUUGGAUCACUGGCUGGUUGACUUUGGUCGGUAAUUGGACUGUCACGACUAGUAUCAACUUCUCUGGUGCGCAAUUGAUCCUCAGUGCUAUCAGUCUUUGGAAUGAGGAUUUUGUACCGAACGCUUGGCAGACGGUGUUGAUGUUCUGGUGUGUCAUGCUCAUUUGCAUGAGCGUCAAUAUUUUCGCGGCCAAAUAUCUCGACUUGAUCAACAAGAUCUGUAUUUAUUGGACGGGUGCGAGUGUAAUCAUCAUCAUGGUGGUUCUGCUUGCCAUGUCAGAUAACUACAGAAGUGGAGAAUUCGUCUUCGCCCAUUACGAUGCCAGUGGUAGUGGUUGGCCGAGUGGUUGGGCUUUCUUUGUGGGCCUUCUGCAGGCAUCUUAUACAUUGACCGGUUAUGGCAUGGUUGCAGCCAUGUGUGAGGAAGUCCAGAACCCUGCUCGCGAGGUGCCCAAAGCUAUCGUCCUCUCUGUUGCUGCUGCAGGUGUCACCGGUGUUCUGUAUCUGAUCCCGAUUCUCUUCGUUCUGCCAGAUAUCCAGAUGCUCCUAGACGUCGCCAAUGGUCAACCUAUUGGUCUUCUUUUCAAGACCGUCACAGGCUCAGCUGCUGGUGGCUUCGGAUUGCUAUUCCUUCUCCUUGGUAUCCUCUUCUUCGCUGGAACCGGUGCUUUGACGGCCGCAAGUCGCUGCACGUACGCAUUUGCUCGUGAUGGUGCAAUUCCUGGAUCCAGCAUCUGGUCCCGUGUUGACAAACGUUUCGAUAUUCCUCUCUGGGCUCUGGUAUUGUCCACUGUGGUCGACUGCUUGUUGGGCCUGAUCUACUUUGGUAGCACAGCGGCUUUCAACUCCUUCACUGGUGUGGCGACUAUUUGCCUUUCAACCUCCUACGGGCUUCCCAUUCUCGUCAGUGUCCUCCGCGGACGUAAGAUGGUCGCUCAUUCCUCUUUCUCUCUGGGUCGUUUCGGAAUGGCCAUCAACGUGCUCACGCUAUGCUGGAUUGCUUUGGCUGUUAUUCUGUUCUGCAUGCCGGUCACUCUCCCUGUCGAUCCUACCAGCAUGAACUACGCCUCCGUCGUUUUCGCAGGCUUUGCUGCUAUUAGUGUGGCGUGGUACUUCAUCCGUGGACGCAAGGCGUUCACUGGGCCACCGGUACCUGCUGAUGUUGAUGUGAGCAGUGACGUUGGUGUUGUCAGAGGCCAGGCUGUAGAUUCGGAUCUGGAGAAGUCUACCAGUGCUGUGCACAGAAAGGUGGCUGAUGAACCGCCAAAGGAUAUGAUGUGA